AGUUUUGUUGUGCUCGGCGAGCGGAGCGGUGGGUGGUGGUGCAUAAAUUCAAAAUACAAAAUACGAAAUACCAAACAAAAAAUAUAAAAGCGGGUGACUUUUAUAGGAAGCCGUUAGAAAGGAACGAUGCGGUUCAGCAGCUACAACCGUUAUCAGUGCUUUUGCUCCGCUUUUGCUUCGCUUCUGCUCUGCUUCGCAGUCGGCGCUGCGCUGACGCGGGCAGAUGACGCCGACAGCGACGUCGACGGCGGCAGCGCCAGCAGAAAGUGGCUCUGCAGUCGGACGGACAUUUGCACCUCGGAGACUGAGCAGGUGGCCGGCCUGCAGUACGCGCCCGAGGUCUUCGAGAGCCAGCGGGACUGCCGUCUGUCCUGCGGGAAGUAUGGGGCCAUCUGGCCGAUGCCCACGGGCAGGGAGUGCUCCAUCUCGCACAGCAGGGUGCGGUUCGACCCGUGGAAGGUGCGCUUCCAUGUGGUGGCGCCCGGCGAGGCGGCCACCCAGUUUUUGCGGGAGACGAACCGCCUGUUCGUCUCCAAUCUGCUGAAGGAGUGCACCCGGAACUGCACGCUGGAGAGCAGCAAGCAGAUCCUGGUCAGGUCGACGGUUACCAACGAGAGUCUGGUGCUCGACUGGCCCACGGAUGAGAGUUACUCGUUGGUGGUGCGAACCACGGACACGGCCACCUUUGUGGACAUCCAGGCCGGAACGGUGUACGGUGCACGUCAUGCCUUCGAAACGCUGAGCAACCUGGUCACCGGCAGUCUGACCAAUGGCCUGCUAAUGGUGACCACGGCCAAUAUCACCGAUCGUCCGGCGUUUCCCCAUCGCGGCGUUCUGCUGGACACGGCCCGCAAUUUCGUGCCGCUCAAGUUCAUCCGCAGCACGUUGGACGCCAUGGCGGCCAGCAAGCUGAACGUGCUCCACUGGCAUGUGGUGGACACGCACAGCUUUCCGCUGGAGAUCACCAGGGUGCCGGAGAUGCAGCGCUAUGGGGCGUACUCCUCGUCGCAGUCGUACUCGCGCCAGGACGCCGUCAAUCUGGUGAAGUACGCCCGCCUGCGGGGCAUCCGCAUCCUGAUCGAGAUCGAUGGACCCUCGCAUGCGGGCAAUGGGUGGCAGUGGGGUCCCGCAGCUGGACUGGGCAACAUGUCCGUGUGCCUGAACCAAUCGCCCUGGCGGAGAUUCUGCGUGCAGCCGCCUUGCGGACAACUGAAUCCACUCAACGAUCACAUGUACGCCGUGCUGAAGGAGAUCUUCGAGGACGUGGCCGAGGUGGGGGCGCCCGAGGAGACCCUGCACAUGGGCGGCGACGAGGUCUUCCUGCCCUGCUGGAACAACACCGAGGAGAUCCGCGACGGGAUGCGGGCGCGCGGCUUCGAUCUUAGCGAGCAGAGCUUCCUGCGGCUGUGGUCGCAGUUCCACCAGCGGAAUCUCAAUGCCUGGGACGAGAUCAACGAGCGCAUGUAUCCGGGCAUCAAGGUGCCCAAGUCGGUGAUCAUCUGGUCCAGCCAUCUCACCGAUCCGCGCUACAUCGAGGCCUAUCUGCCCAAGGAGCGGUUCAUCAUCCAGACGUGGGUGGAGUCGCAGGACGCGCUCAAUCGGGAGCUCCUGCAGCGGGGCUACCGGCUGAUUGUGUCCACGAAGAACGCCUGGUACCUGGACCACGGAUUCUGGGGCAGCACCUCGUACUACAAUUGGCGCACGGUCUACUCCAGCGGCAUGCCCACUGGGCGCAGCAAGGAUCAGGUGCUGGGCGGCGAGGUGUGCAUGUGGAGCGAGUACGUGGAUCAGAACUCGCUGGAAUCUCGCAUCUGGCCGCGAGCUGGAGCUGCCGCCGAGCGACUGUGGUCCAAUCCCAAGUCGUCUGCCCUGCUGGCCCAGCGAAGGUUCUAUCGCUACCGCGAGCGACUCCUGGCCCGCGGCAUCCACGCGGAUGCGGUGAUUCCGCACUGGUGCGUCCUGCACGAAGGACAGUGCCUCUGAGAUGGUCGCUCCACACUUAGUUCUAGCUCCAGCACCAGCACUGUGUACAUAUCUGUCAGUCUAUGUUACUAUGUUACUCUAUUCAUCAGUUAUUGCCCAUAAAGAUCUGUUUUUAAUCCAAA